UAAGUCGGACACCAUGGAACCACCGCUACUUAUUGUGAUAGCCAGUUAUGUUAGUAUGCCUUUAAACUCUGUUCUUUCCCGUAACCUAAUCCAUAAGUAAUGGAAAACAAUUUUUUUUUUUUUCUAAAAGAAAUUUUGGUCCGUGUGGUUAGCCCUUUUUUUUUUUUUUUUUUUUUCCUUUCUCUCGGCAUGCACCUUCCGAAAUGAACCGAUCAGGACCCAUCUCACUCUCCUUGUCAAGGAAGACUAUUCUGAAAAAGUAAAGCAAAAACUAUGUCUCUUCCUCUCUCGCCAAUGCCUGCCUUUUAUUAUGCAUUCUUCUGAGUAGAGUGCUUCAUGACAUCCACUUCCUUUUGCUUUUGAAUUUUCGUUGUGUAUUCAUAUCUGCUUCAGUUGCCUUUUGUUUGCAGCUUCUUGCUCAUAAGCUACUUCUGGGUGAUGAUCUCCUUUGUUUAAGCUGGAACAUAUAAGACUCGUCUUUUCAACGUAACUCAUUUCUUUAUAUGGUAAAUGAUGGCUAGACUUUUAUGCUAUAUUUAACUAUGAAAAUUCUGACCUUUUGUGCUGGUAGUACGUACCAGCAGUUAUGAUUCAUCACUUGUUCAUUGUGUAGAACUGAUUGAAUUCUCGGGCUUCACUUUAUUGAGUUUGUGGCCUCUAAUCUCAGCUUCUCAUCGUUAGAGACAGGCGCGCUACCACAAGUUCGCUGUAGUCUCUAUAAAUUAACUUCAUGCUUUCCGGAAUGGAAUGAGAUACUGUAUAUAUUUUGUCAGUAAUGGAAGGAGGACUCGAAAUCUUUAUUUGUCAAAUUGCAAAUUGAAGACUAAAUGGAAAAGGACCAAUCGGAACUUCCAUAUUACUGUACUAUUAAGGUUGAUGUGCUUAGAACUCAAGAACUUUAUCGAUAGAAUCUCGCGGAUAUUUUCAGAAAUUGAAUCUGCCCGGCCACGAUGCGCUACAGGAUUACAGGCAUUAUGCUCAUUGCAUGCUGCUAUGGAUAAAGCAAAACUACUUAUCCAGCACUGCACUGACUCUAGUAAACUCUACUUGGCGUUUACUGCAGAUAAGAUACUCUCCAGGUGCGAGAACAUAAGGAAAACCUUGGAUUUAUGCUUGAUCCAAAUACAAAAUAUGGUUCCAACGUUGCUGGCUGCAAAGUUGCAGAAAUCUUACUUGGCUGCGAUAUCUGGAAUUAUUGAAGAUCUUAGAGGUACAAAAUUUAUGAUACAACCUUCUGAAGUGGAGGCGGGAAAGGUUGUGAAGGAACUGCUUAAGCUGGACAUGCCUACAUCAGAUUCGAUAAACGACUCAGAACUUGUAGCUCUUCUAUUUGCAGCUGUAAGACUCAAAAUUACAUCCCCUUUGGCUGUCUUGAUGGAGAAAAGAUCCAUCAUGAAACUGCAUGGUAAAAUUCGUGAAACUGAUCCAAGAAAGAAAAUAUUGGUGUAUCUCUUGUAUCUUUUGAGGAAGUACGAGGGGCUGCUUGGGCAACACAAAGUUGAGGAUGGAUUUGCUCUGCAAGAGGAGUACAAGACUCAAACUGAAAAUUCUGCUACACCCGAACCUCCUCUAGAAUUUAAGUGUCCCAUAUCUAAUAGACUAAUGUAUGAUCCAGUACUCAUUGCUACCGGGAAAACGUUUGAACGUGUUUGGAUUGAGAAAUGGUUUCAGGAAGGGAAAAGUACAUGUCCCGUGACAAAUAUGAGGCUGGAAAAUUGUUACCUGACUCCGAACCUUGCGUUGAAGGGCCUCAUUUCAAAGUGGUGUUCAAAUAGCGGAAUAACAAUAUCUGAACCAUGUGCAGGAAUAAGUCCAGCUCCAGUUUCCUUGCUUAAGUCCUUAUCCUUUAGAUCCAUUGCUAGCAUCGGCAGUUCCAUGAAUGAUUUGCAUCUUCAAGUUAGCAAUAUCUCGCUUUCAUCUUCAGAUACAAAUUUCGGUGCAGAUUUACUGGAUGAUUAUAACAAUGCUGAUUCUGGUGGACUCCCUCAAAAAAAUGCAGGGUCUUGCACUAGCCGCUCAUCUAUCAAAGACAUUAGCAUUGGCUUCACAUCACUCUCCAAACUUGAUUCACUUCCAUGGGAAUCCCAAUCGAAAGCAGUGCAUGAUAUUAAAGAACAACUGAACGAAAAUGAGAAGGCAUACGACUGUAUGUUUGAUAACAGCUUUAUAAAGCCACUGAUUAACUUUCUGUUGGGUGCAUAUGACUCGAACGAUGUGCAAGCCCAGAACGAUGCAGCGGAGGUUCUUUUGUCAAUUCUAUCCAAAAGCAGAAUCGAAUUGCCUUCGAUUGACAAAGAUGCAAUCUGCAUGUUGGCAUCACCUGUCGAUUCCGAAAUUCCCGGGAAGGCUCUUGCAAUCAUGGAAGAGUUAUCAUGCCAACCCUUUUAUAAGUCUAGAAUUCUGGCAUGUGGAGUUCUACCUGCAAUCUUGAAAGUCCUGGAGUGGCAAGAUGCGGAAAACUGCAAGCUUGCCGUGAAGAUAAUCUGCAAUUUGUCCUACAACAGUGAUAUAGCAUAUCACAUUGUCUACUUAGAUUGCAUCCUGAAGUUGGUCCCUUUUCUUGGUGAUCGGAGUCUGGCAGGCUAUUGCCUAGGUAUUAUGAACAACUUGUGCAGUAUUGAGGAGGGUAGGAUUACAAUUGCCGGAACCGCAUCUUGCAUUGCUUUAAUUGCCACACUUGUGGAAACUGGCACCAGGCAGGAACAAGAAACUGCUACGGAAGUGCUGCACUCUAUAUGUAAGGAGCACGCAGGGCGUUGUCAACAGGUCAUUCGAGAUAGCACUGUGCAAUCUUUGUUUCGCAUGUCUGUUAGUGAGAUUUCAAGAUCAAAGGAUAUCGCCACAGAAUUGCUACAGUUGUUGGGAUAUAAAACAGAAUCCCACGUGUCAGAUAGUUCUGACAUGAGCAUAGCCAUCUCAAGUCCUAAAGACACAAGGUCUCCUUCCACGGGAUUUGCAUAUUUUGGGAAAAAAAUUCCCAGAUUUUUCAACUAACUAGAGUUGCUCGAGUUUUAUAGUUUCUGAUAAAUUUGUAAAUAUUUGAUGAGACACCGGUUUGCGUAUGAUGUAGGAAAAUUCAGCCUUGUUGCAGUUGUAGUGAGAUGUAAAUUAUCCUGAUUGGUCUUUGUACUUGAAUUCAAUGCAGUGAAUAAUAUAAUCAAUUAAUUAAUACCCCAAAUAAGAGAUAUUAUGGGUACAA